AUGCUGGAGGCUGAGCACUACAGCCCAAGAGUGCUCGUUGGCUACGCAUUUAUCAACUUUGAAGGUGCCCUUCGCGGGUCCCUCCACCGAGAGAUGCUUGCAAGAUUUUGGGCCUUUUGCCCAGAGAAGGCCCUCUGGUCGACAUGCGGCCGCCUUGGCUGGUCCAAGGCUGGUCUUUGGCCUCUGCAGGCUUGCAAGAUUUUGGGCCUUUUACCCAGAGAAGGCCCUCUGGUCGACUGGGGCGGGCCUUUGCCUGGCCCCAUGGCCUCUCGUGCCUCUCGGGAUCAGUACCUCAUCGAUCGCCGCGCAGAUGGGUACACAUAUCGGGAGAUCAAGGAAGCUGGCGGAUACGCCGAGGCAGAGCCUACCCUUCGGGGCAGAUGGCGAACACUCACAAAGAAGCCAGAGCAGCGGCUUCGAAAGCCCAAGUGGGAGCAACACGAUGUAAGUCAUGUCCACCUUGAACUACCUCUUGACUUGUGCUAA